AUGACACCUUUACAGACAACGACGACAUCGGUUCGACGGUGUUCCGUCUUGACUGCCACUCUACUGCUGUUGGUAGCGGUAGCCGCCAGUUUGCCAUCCGGCGCCAGGUCAUCCGCCAUACGUCCUGCGUCGUCCGCUGCAUCGACUGAUGCUGCCGCUUCCCCGUUAGUACCGAGCAGUUGGCAAGGCGCUUCAGCCGUCCACGCUGACGUACCAGCUGAGGCCGCUGGAAGGGCCGUGGUCAGGAAAAAAAGGACGUUGCUCAAACUCAAGCCGCUCAUCGUGUUGCCGGUCAAAGUCGCAUUGGGCACCGGCGCCAAGCUGGUAGCCGGGGCCAAGUUCGGAGCCAAAGCUGUCGGAUUGGGCUCAAAGGCAUUGGGCGUCAGUCUCGUUGGAUUGAAAGCCGUCCAUAAGGUGGCGAAAGUGACGGUGAAGGCAGCCACCGCUUUGGGCGUAAAGGCGGUGCUGCUUAACUUUUUAUUCCAGAAAAUCAAUCAGGUGAUCGACUUUAAGACCCGCUUGCUGAGCAACCUUGACCAACGUAACCGACAGCAGAAUGCACAAUUCCUGUCACCAGUGUUGCCCCAAUCAUCUUCGUCUUCGAAAUCGGGAUCGAUCGGAAACAAGGACAACGCCACAUUCAACGUCGUCGGUGCUGCAGCUUUUGUCCCCGCACCGGACUUCGUGGCUGCCCCUGAUGCCCCGGGUUUCGUCACGAAUGCGCCAUCAACAGCACCAGCAUUCGUACCCGGAUCAGACCUGAUCGCUUCGCCACCACCACCAUCACAACCGGACUUUGACGGACCACCAUCGGACUUUGUUGGAACUCCAACAAAUUUUGAUAGCGCUUCAUCAAACUUUGGCGGGGGGCCUUCUGGAUUUCCCGCCUUCCAGCCGAGCUUUGCCUCCGAACCGUCGGGCUUUGCCGCGACAAACGACGAUGGAUCACCAUCGUCAGAGACGUCGUUCUAA